AGAAGUAUCAGGUUUUGUCUGCUUUGAGAUGGAAGGUGAGGGGGGUUGGGAUGGCUGAAACCUCGCAAAUCCAAACGUUCACCUUACAACUGGCCAAACCAGUUGGGGCAGGUAGCAGCAAAGUUGCAAGGCGUUCAAUAGGAGGCAGCCAAUGGGGGGAAACGUUAGUCUCUCGUGCCCUGAUCUUGACAAAGGAGGCAGAUUUGGGAUCGGUGGUGAUGACUGAAUCACGGCAGUUAGGCGAGGGGGGUGGAAAGCACUUGGUUGACCAGGAGCUGAAGAGCGAUCCAAGCAGCCCAUGGAGGAACUCAGGAGGGUCGCUCAGAAGAAAGCGCCUGUACCCAGAAAUCUGCAUCCGGAUGACCAGUGGAAACUCCGGAUGAAGUUCCUCGAGCAGGCGAAGAGUUACAUCGGCGUGCCUUACGCACAGAAAUACCAUCAAGCUGGAACUCCAGAAUACAACUCUCCGCUCUUCCUGGACUGCUGCGGGUUCAUCCGGAGAGUAAUGUGGGACCUGACAGAAGAGUUUGGCUUCUGCAUGGGCUUAGGAAACCAAGCUUAUCAGUAUGACACUCUUCCUAUUACAUUACCCAGCGAGGAAUAUCUGAAACCAGGAGAUCUCAUCUUCAUUUCAGGAACUUACUUUGACACACAACGAAAAAGGCAGCCCCACGACAUUGUCCAUGUGGAAAUCUGGUUGGGGUAUGGAGAGCGCAGCCUAGGGGCCAGGUGGAAACGGGGCAAAUCACAAGUCUUUGAUUCCUUCAAGUUUGUCUCCAGCACCUAUGGGGACAUGGAGUACCACUUCAAAUCCAUCGAGACGUGGCUCCAAGGCAUCUGUGUCAGCCACUGCCCAGAGCACAGAUGGGCGUCAGCCAUGGAGCUCCCCAGCAAGCGAUCAAUCUUCAGUCUUCCAAGUGAGCAAGGCGAGGAUGUGGGCGCUGAGGAAAGCAGGCCGCAGCCUCCGCUGAGGUCAGAAGAGAUGGCGCUCAGACUGCAGCCCAUUGCGGAGACAGUCAGCAACUUUGAACUGAGCAGCAGUGAGCAAGCAGAGGGCUUGGGCCUCCAGGGUCCCUCCGGAAUGAAUUCAGGGGACCUUGAGACAAACCCAGUUAAAGGAGACCGGGUUAAAGGGACUGGCCAAGCCCAGAGACAGUCUCCGGAAAGGACCCCGCUGGAGGCUGCAGGCCCAAGGGCGGGAGGCAGCGAGGUUUCGCUGGAGGGGAGCCCGGCCCAGGAGGAAGGAGGGUGUGAGGAGGGUCCUGCUUAUGGCCAGGAAGCCGGCACAGAGGCGAGGCCGCCUGGGCCCACUCAGCACUCCGUCGGAAACCCACUCCCAAUGUCCCACUCGAGCUUGAAGGUAAACUCCAAGGGGGCCUUAGCGGGCGGCGCUGGCAAGCGGAGGAAGAAGCGCAGAGGACGAGGAGAUUCCAAGUGUGUCGCAAGUACAAGGGAGAAAUUCAUGAGCAUGUUUGAAAGCCAAACUGAGAAAGACUUGCAGCCAGAGAAGCAAAGCAGCAAUUCCAACUUAGCUGAAGGGGAGCCGGCAAACGAAACCAAACCCAAAGGGCAGAAAAGCGUUCCCAAAGCAUCGCCCCGAAUGAAUCACCCAGAAGAGAAGAAGCCAGAGGAGCCCCCUAACCUGGGGCCUUUUUAUUAUAUUGGAGGAGCAAACGGAAUCGAUAUACUGAACACCUUCUGCAAGAACAAAGGCUGGCAGCGUAUCUACGACAACCGGAGGGAUGAUUACAUCCUGAAGUGGUGUGAGAUUAAGUGCCGGGACACCUAUUUCAACUUCAGAGAAGGAGAGCAACUUCUUUACCAGAUCUCUAACAACAAGAUCCUCACCACCAAGAUCGGCCUUUUGAUGAACUUGAGGGAGUAUGAACGGGUCAUGAAGAAGAUCAGCAGGACCACAAAGGUUUUGAGAAUGGAGGAGUUUUUCCCCGAGACUUUCCGGCUGGAUACCAAGGACGAGAGAGAGAUAUUCUUUGAUAUAUAUGAAGAGCCUCAGAUCUGGAUCUGCAAGCCCACCAGCUCGAACCAAGGCCGAGGGAUCUUCCUCCUCAAAAACCAAUCCGAGGUCAACAACUUGCAAGCCAAGCUCCUCAGCAUCGAGGAAGAUCCUAUGUACAAGAAACUGCCCUACAAAAUCCCCCCGGCGAGGAUCGUUCAAAGGUAUAUUGAUAAGCCGCUGCUCUUAGAUGGGAAGAAGUUUGAUGUUCGCUCGUAUCUCCUCAUCGCCUGUACAUGUCCCUACAUGCUGUUCUUUGGCCAUGGCUACGUCCGCCUCACAUGCCUCAACUACGACCCGAAGUCGGAAGACCUCACUUCUCAUCUGACCAAUCAGUACGUUCAGAAGAAGAGUCCGAUGUACAGCCACGUCAAGGAGGAGACCGUGUGGCGCAUGGAGCGCUUCAACAACUACGUCAACGAGAGGUUCAGGCACAUCAAAGGGCUCCCCAAGGACUGGGUCUUCAAUGGGUUUACUAAGAGGAUGAAAGAGAUCAUGUUGCAAUGUUUCCUGGCGGUCAAGUCCAAGCUGGAGUGCAAGAUGGGCUACUUUGAUCUCAUUGGCUGCGACUUCUUAAUCGACGAAGACUUCAAGGUCUGGCUCCUGGAGAUGAACGCCAACCCUGCUUUGCACACCAACUGCAGUGCCUUGAAAAGCGUCAUUCCCACGGUGGUGAACGAGACUCUGGAUCUGGCCAUCGAGAUUUUCACCAAGAGCCAGAAGAUCCAGAACAUAUUGCCCUUGGAGUCACUCUGCCACUUUGCCCUGCUGUACAGUGGGGUGGGCACAGACAGCAGCCAGUCGCGGUCCACCAAGAGCAGGACGUCUCUCCGCUCUCUCAGAAGCCACCGGUCCCUCGCCGAGAAUAGCAGCUUCUGCAACAACACUUACAACUUGAGCCCCGGGCGCCCGGCGGAGAAGCAGCCAGUCAAAUCUCCGGAGAAGCCAGCCAAGGGCGAGGCGCCAGCCCACUCUGAAGGGGUCACCAUUGUGCCCAGCAGGGGUGUCCCCAGGAACACUUUGCCCAUGCCCCAGAUCCAGAUCUCCAUCGUGCCCAACCUCGCCUUCUGCCCGUCCGUCAAAAACAUCCUCCGGGGCAACCAGGUCUGCAGCAGCGGCAACCAGUAUAUCAUCAAGCAUGUCCCACCGGUCUCGGAGAGGCACCCGGAGGCCGAGGGCGACGACGAGAGGUCCAGAGCCUCUGGCCUUGCUGUUGCCGGAGCUCCCUCCAAGGACCGGUCCUAUGCGGCAUGGUUCCAGCAAACGUUUGGGUCCAAGUUCCUGACGGCCAGUGGCAACGGGGCAGGCAGCCCCUUGACCAGCUCACAGAUGGUCUCCCUCCAUCUCCAGUCCAGCCUACCGCCAAAUAUCCCGGCCUCCCAGGAGCAAGCCAAGCCACUGCGCCAGCUCAUGAAUUACUCCAAGCUGCCCGGGGAGAGUGGCAAGGCCUCGGCAGCGGGCCAGAGCUGCGGCGAAUCCCUCCCUGAAGAGAAGAAGCUCUCUCACCGGGGCUCCUAAAAGCGAGAUCGCUUGUGUAUUUCCAAAGCCCUCCUUCUUUUUCCUAUAAAGGACGACGAGAAAAAAUAAAAACCAAAGCAACCCCA